AUGGAUACGGAUGUUCUGCAGAACAUCGACCUAUUCCCGGUUACCAACAGCAAGGCUAUCGACUCAAUUAUUGACAACUCCUCCAACUGUCUCCGCCAAUUCUCCUCCAUCUCUUUCUGGGACAACUUUGACAACCAGGCCGCACCCAACGCCGCAGACGCCACCAAGGUUGACCAGACGCCAAAGACAACCACCGUCAGUCUGACCCAGAGCUCGCCCAAGAAGUCACCCAAGCCCGUCAAAUCCGUCAAGUCGGGCUUGAAGCGGGCCCACACUCCUGACCACAAGAGGUCCAAGCCCAGCCAGGACUCCUCGGCUCUCGACUGCUGCGAUUACUGGCUCCGCUUUGACAGUGACGACGACAGUCUGGAACGACUGGGUGACUUUGACAAACAGGCCCCUUCGCCGGCACGCAGAAGACUAAGCUCUAUCCAACAAGCGUCAAGGAUAGGACGUGUCGGUCAGUCCGGCAGCUUCAAGCUGGAGAUCCCUUCAAGGACAGACGACUGGCUUGAGGACAGCGCUCUAGAACACGCCCUGUCGAGUGAGGAAGACUCUUUCUCAAUGGCUCUAGACGAGGACUUCGCCACCCGCGAUGCAAACCAGCCCCAGGACGUCAUUCCUGACAGGUUAUACUCCACGCCGCUUAGCUGGGAUGCGCCACAGCCCGGCCUUCGAGACUCGUACUUCAACUUCAACUCCUCAUUCAACGACCCCGAGCGACAAAGAUUGCUCGCCAUUGCGAUGGGCUCUGGUUUGACACAGACUGCCUCCGAUUCCAGGACCGGCUCAGCAAUCGAUUUUGACUUCAACACGCACCCAAGCCCCACGGCCACGAGCGACACAAACAGCAAUCCCAUUAUUGAGCACAGGCGGACUAGCUCGUUCGUCAUCAGCCACUCGGCGAAGACCUCUCGGUCAAAUUCGCGGUCGGGACUCAUCACUCCCAAUGAGCCUGGCGAGAAGAAGGACAAGCCGCGCAACAGCGACCGCGCAGCACACAACGACAUUGAGCGAAAGUACAGAACCAAUCUGAAGGACAGGAUCGCAGAUCUGAGGGAAGCUAUCCCCUCAUUGCGAUCAAUACCGGAAGACUAUGAUGACGAUGGCUCACCCGUUCCUGUCUCAAGAGCCCCGAAGGUCAGCAAGGGUACCAUUCUUACCAAAGCCACGGAAUACAUUCACCAACUUGAGCGACGAAACAGGAGCAUGUCACACAAGAACGAAGAGUUACUCCGCCGGCUUCAGGCUUUCGAGCAGCUUCUCGGUGCCAGCCCAGCACCUACCUGGCAGCCACAAGGAUACGGCACUGCCGUGUUCAACCCGGCAGCGCGAUUUCCCUCGUAA